GUUUUAUCUGUCACAGUCAAUUUUAAUUUUCGAAGGACAUGUUUACGUUGAGUUUGAGUUGUAUUUAUUAUUUGCUCCCAAUUUUGGAAAUCAAUUAAAAUGGACGAAUUAAAAGGACCUACUAUCCAAAUAGUACUUCAUGUCAAAGAAGGUCUUGGAUUUGGUUUCUUGAGGGCUCCUUUUAUUGUAAGUGGAUCUUUAAAUGGAUAUAUGCUGGAGACAGAUCCAGUUGUGCCCUGCCAUGCACCUAGUUUCGACGCUGAACUUGUCUGGGAGGCCGAUAAACGAAGAUUUCGUAGCCUACGAGUCCAGAAUGUCCCCAUCAAAGUGGAAGUGUUCACAAUGGGGACUCAGGGCCGAAAGGAUAAAGUGGGUUACCUGCUGCUCAGUCUCCUUGGAGCGCAGCCCUGUCCUGCCACCAAGAUUGUUGAUGUGCGGCACUCAUGGCACCGGUUGCUAGGAGUAAAGUCAGAGGGAAAGUGCUGCCACCCGCAGCUCAUGCUCAGCCUUUCUGUUGAAGACCGUGUCAACACAAUCACUCCUAGGAAUGAACUCCGCAUGUUUCAUAGCAACGACGUGGCUUACCCGACUACUAGCAACACGGUCAAUCCCACCGCUGGACUGUUACUGACACUUAAUGAAUACAUAGCAGAAAGCAAGAAAACAGUGUCGAGCCCCGACCUGCAGCCCAACCUGCUUUGCGAUGAGGGGCUCAUACAGAUAGGCGGCGGGAAACAUCUGUUCGUGCUGAGUUUCGUCAUUGGCUCUGUCGAAAACAUUGACAUGCUUAUACCUGACUAUGCCACCAGAAAAGAUGCUACUGACUGUUAUGUUUCAUACACCGUCUUCACGCAUACCAUUACAACUGACAGAGUGAGUGUGACAGUGACGGGGUCAGGCGCCGCGGCGCUGUUCAACCAGCGCACGUCGCUGCGGCUGCGGGCAGACCUGGCCGCGCUGGGGCGCUACUUCGCCGAGUGCCCGAGUCUGGUCACCACCGUGCGAGCCGCGGACCGGGACGUCGGUAUCUGCAGCAUGGAUCUCCGCAAGCUAGUCCCGACCGAUAACAUUGAACACUUCCUCAACAACUUCUGUAACGAGCCGCAAGCAUUAUCCAUACACGAGCGCUGCUUCAUACUGCGCACAGACGGACAGCGAGACGGGGACCGCAAACCAUAUGUCGAUGUUGAUAUGAGCCUUAAAUACGUCGGAAUACAAACUGAACCUACGAAACCACCGGUACUGUCGGCGCGUAGUGCAACUCAACUGGAAAUCCGAGCGCAGACGGAGGUGCUGCGGAAGGAAAGCAUUCUGAAUAUAAAAAGCAGCGGCAGUUGUACCAACUUGGAGGAUGUGGGCGGCGUGGCGUACACUAACAACACGGCGAGUAAUACGUCCAGGUACAAGGACGCAUCAGGCGCCGCCAUUCUCCAAACCAACGAGAUAACAGAAUUAAUACGAAAGAUGUGCGAUUCCUUCGCGCUCAGUCAAGAGAAACUACUAGCGGCUCGAGAGAAACCACUUACUAGCGACAUGCAAGUGCAAUGUGAGACGGAGAUAGACAAGGGAGACAAGGACGGCGUGCGGGAGGAGAGCGUGGGAGACAAGGAGAGCGUCGGGGAGAAAGAGAGAACGCCAAUAAAACUAGAGACGAGUAAGAGUGACACUUGCAUACGGAACGAUAAAGACAUGGUAAACAGGGUGAUACCAUACGAGGAGCGGGACAGCAUCAUGCAGAAAUUUGUGGACGAGCUGGAAGACUGGAAGGAGAAACAACAGGAGCUGUAUAAGUUGCAGUUGCAACGCAAAGAAGAAUACCACCUCGAUCUCCUCUCCCGCGAGUGGACCAAGAAGCGUACCGAGCUGGAAACCAAACUGAGCCGCGGCAUCGAGCAGUGUCGCCACCUCGCGGCCGACCUGGCGCGCGCCACCGACGACUUCCGGCUGCGAGGGUACCGGAACACAGAGAGGGAGAAGAAGCUUCUAGACGCGAAGAAUGCUCUGGAGACCCACUACACGGCGAAGUACCAGGAGCUUAGGGAGGCUUCCCAGAAGAUGGAAGACGACAUGAACCACCGGCUGAAGCUCAAGGACAUGCGCAUCGAGGAGCUGGAGACGAGAGUCCAGCAGUUGGAACGACAGCUGGAGACCAUGAAGAUAAAUGCCAAAAAUAUAGAAAAGGAGUCCGAAAGCAAGUAUUCCGGAUUGACUAAAGACCAAACGGCCAGCCUUAUACAGGAAUUGCGUUGUCUGGAAGAAAAGUUAGACAGCGCCGUGCAGUCUAAGGCGUUCUUCAAAGAGCAGUGGGGCCGCGCCGUACGGGAGCUACACCUGAACAAGCUCCAUACAAGAAGGCAGAUGCUCACACAGCUGCGACAGGACAGGAGGCAGCUCGGGGAGAUGGGACUAGACACAAUUCAAGACCAAGACGAGAAGGCCGAGGAGGUGGACAUGAAACGGCUAAAAGACGACUUUUACGUCGACAUACUCGCCAACAUGCCCGUUCUAGAGUCCAAUUCUAUCAUAACUACGACGGGACCAGAGUUGGAUAUGUUUGACGAAAUGAAAACCGCGCCAAAGAACCCAACAAACGAGAGACUGUCGCAGUUAAUCGCAGAGCGAGACCGCCUCGUCGAGCGUGAUAGCCCUGACGAGGAUCGCCUGCAGCAGCUGAACCAGGAGAUCAGAUCUCUCCUGCUCAACUGCGGCUCUUGAUACAUAGAUAUAAUCACGCCUAUUUCCCGGAGGGGUAGGCAGAGACCACGCAUUUCCACUUACUAAGAUCCUGCCAGCCUAGCAAAGGUUACAAUCGCUAUCGCUUCGACAGCCAAAAGCAUUAUAUCUCUCUAUCACACUUCCAUAUUAGUGUGACAGUGACAGUUGUGUUUCGAUCGCUACGGAGCGUAAGCGAUUGGCAUCUUGGCUACGCGGCCUGACGUAUAUACCUCUUUCGCUGCCUUCACUUUCAUAACAUUCCUCAUACACGCUCGCCGGUUUGGCCUUUCUUCAGGAUUUCCCCGAUCUGAUCAGAGAAAGUCCGCCGAGGUCUAUCCCUCUCUCUCUUGAUAACGUUCAAAAUACCGGUAACGUCUUGGCAACGUUUUCAAUCAAAAGGGUACAUGUCAGUUGUUAAUAAGGAGCUAUUUCCAUAAAGUUUCAAUUUAAAAUCAACCAUAUCGACCGAAUAAGUGGUACCUUUUAUUUGAAAACGUCAAAUAUAUAAGCACUUUUUAAAUGAUUCAAAAUUCUUAAUAUCUACGCUGCUGAAGUUUGGUUGAAAUGUGACGUGUGCGGUGCGUCAUAGUGAACCUUGUGGGAAUGCACGAAGGUUGAUAUUGGGCUGCGCUCGUCAGUUGACGUCUUGCGGUGAAAGGGUUUAUCAAAGAAUAAUUGAUUUUAUUAGAUGUAUAAAGCUUAACAAAUUUGUGCUCCGAAUUUAACGUUUAACAAUUCUAUUACCAUAAAAGAUAGCGCCGUGUUACUAUUUACAAUUCUUACUGUAAAGUGCCAUCAUCCGUAGCUGUGGAACUCGGGGGGCAUGGGGGCAUUUAUUUUAGAAUUUACUCAUCUUAAAUCAUUGGUUUCAUUAUACAAGUACAUAUAAUUAUGGGAUCUUUAAGCAAAUGUUAAAAAAUUAGUCCCCAUCCCAUUACAGAUUGGCAAAAAAGAGUAGAAAUU